AUAGAAUCCCAAUCCAAUCAACAAUCAUCUCCCGCUAAUCUCGCUUCCACCAUGAUUCUUCUCCUCUUUGUCAACUAAAGUGAAAAUUGGAUUUUUACUAGAAACUUCACUAUAAAUCUCACACGUUCAUUCGAUCCUUUCCUCUGCUGUUCCAUCAUCAAACAUGUCUCUAUUCUUCCUCUCUAUCCUCCUCCUCCUUCUUCCUUCUGCUUUUUCCUUCCUCAAUGGUAUUACUGUUCCUCCGUUUAACUAUUUUAACUAACUGUUUAACGGUCUUUGCUAACUACAUUUGCUUUUCUCUCGCUGCAGAUACUUCUUACUUUAUAGACUGCGGCGGCUCCACUAACUCCACCGACCCCUUCAACACCACCUGGCUCUCUGACCGCUUCUUCACCGGCGGCCUCACUUCUGUCGUCUCUGAGCCUCUCCACUUCCAUUUCCCCCAAGAGAAGACUCUCCGCUUCUUCCCUCUUUCCUCUGGCAAGAAGAAUUGCUACAUUCUCCCCCUCCCCAAUGGCCGUUACUAUAUCCGUACUUUUACUGUGUAUGACAACUACGAUGGUAAGUCUCACUCUCCGAGCUUCGACGUUUCCGUUGAAGGUACUCUCGUCUUCUCUUGGCGCUCCCCCUGGCCUGAGAGUCUCGCUCGUGACGGUGCUUACUCUGAUCUAUUCGCGUUUGUUAAAGAUAGAGAGGCGGAUAUCUGUUUUUACAGCAUUGCCACUGAUCCUCCCGCGAUCGGCACUCUCGAAAUUCGUCAAGUAGAUCCGCUGUCGUAUGAAUCUUCCAAAAUCGGCGACAAUUUCAUCCUGGUCAACUACGGCCGUUUAUCCUGCGGCUCCGACCAAUGGGGACCAGGGUUCAGCAAUGACACUGACAAGUUCGGCCGCUCAUGGCAGUCGGAUUCCGAAUUCCGAUCCCCAACUGCCUCCAGCAAAUUCAAUUCCUUCUCCACCCUAGAAAAAAUAACUGGCACCGAUCAGGCCCCUAAUUACUUCCCAAUGAAGCUUUACCAGACGGCGGUUACGGGAAACGGAAUUUUGGAGUAUGAACUGGCGGUGGAUGCGAAAUUGGAUUACUUGCUGUGGUUUCACUUCGCUGAGAUUGAUUCUACCAUAAAUAAGAAGGGGAAGAGAGUUUUUGAUGUGUUGGUGAAUGACGAGAACGUCAGUAGAGUUGAUAUUUAUGCGCAGGUUGGGAGCUUCGCGGCCUAUAGCUUACAGUAUACGGUGCAUAAUCUAAGCAAUACUCCGUUGACCGUGAAGCUAGUGCCGUUAGUGGGGGCGCCACUGAUUAGUGGAAUCGAGAAUUAUGCUCUGGUUCCGAAUGAUAUCUCCACAGCUCCUGAGCAAGUUGUUGCUAUGAGAGCAUUGAAAGAGUCACUUCUUGUUCCUGAUAGAAUGGGUUGGAAUGGUGAUCCUUGUGCUCCUACUAACUGGGAUGCUUGGGAAGGCGUUACCUGCCAUUCCAGCAAAGAUGGAACUGCCCUUGUUAUAUCACAAAUAGAUCUCGGAAGCCAAGGCUUGAAAGGCUAUAUAAGUGAUCAGAUUAGUCUAUUGUCAAACUUGGUAAGCCUGAAUUUGAGUUCUAAUUCCUUGGUAGGAACUCUUCCAUCAGGACUAGGUCAUAAAUCACUUGUGUCCCUGGAUUUAUCAAACAACCAAUUCUCUGGACCUAUUCCGGAAAGUCUAGCAUCUUCAAGUCUGCAGCUUGUGUUAUUGAAUAAUAACUUACUGGAAGGGCCAGUCCAAGAGGGGCUCUAUUCAAUUGGUGUGCAUGGUGGAACUAUUGACCUUUCAGGUAACAAAGCUUUGUGUGGUGGUCCCUCUUUGCCACAAUGCUCAUUGUUUUGGGAAAAUGGACAUUUGUCCACUGGUGGUAAAGUUGGGAUAGCCCUAUCAUGUCUUGUUGUCGUCUCUCUGCUUCUGUUGGUGGUAUACAUAUACAUCAAGAGGAGUAGAAAUGAUUAUGAUUUUGCUCCCCCUCAUGAUUUAAUGUCAAUGGCCGCAAAGAGAAACAGAUACCAGAGGCAGAAGUCCUUGAUGCUUCUUGAAAUGGAGAGCCAACACGCAAAAGGAUUGUCAUCACCUUAUGGUCCUCAAUAACAGUGCUCUUUCAAAGUACAGUACUGAUAUUGAUAGGCUUCAUUGCACCGAGUGGGCAUAGCCGCACAUAGAGGGGACACUUAAUGUUAUCAAAUACAACAUGCAUAUAUAGGAAGUGAGCUGCAUUAGUGCUUCACAAGGAUAAGAGUGUUAAUGAAUUUGGAAUCUUUUUGGCAAAUCAAAAACAGAGAUGGGGUCUUCACAAGUCACACUGUCUAUACAAAAAUUCAAUGUAUCUCAUUUUUAUUCUCGCUGACAAAGAAACAGGAUAAGCCUUCCUGAUGUAUCAUAUCCAUUUUGCUGCAUUUUCUGAAUAUAUUCUCUGAAUUUACCCUCACUCUAUGAAAAAGGGGCAUUUGUUUGGUCCCAGUUUCAUUAUUCGAUGUUAUGUUUUGGCCGAUUAUAUUUAUGUCCAAACACACCUUCCAA